ACACAUACAAAAACUUAAAGCUUACUGAAGAGUCACCGUGUAGCCAUGCCUUCCUGGGAGAAUACGCCUAGCGGCAAGAUGAUUGCUGCAGUAUUGUCAUCACCAGGCGCGGAUCGACCAUCGAAAUGCUUCACGAUGGAUAGGAACUACCCAAAGCCUACGCUUCCAUCACAGAAUUGGGUCUUGGUCAAGGUCAAGGCUGCUGGAUUGAACCGUGCGGAGCUCCGUGGCCGAAACGGCGACAAGCCGGCACCACCAGAGUUCGGAAUGUUCGUCGACGAGUUUCAUCCUGAUCCUCCAAAAAUCCUCGGCGAGGAGUUUGUAGGAACAAUCGAGGAAGCAGGAUCUGAUACCAAGUUCAGCAAAGGAGAGCUAUGCACUGGAUUCAUCUAUGGAGGAGGCAAGGCUUUUGAUGGAGCAUAUGCCGAAUAUGUCAUUUGUCCAGCUGAACGUUGCUUCAGGCUGCCACAGACUUCGCUCUCAUGGGAGACGUUAGGAGCCAUCACAAUGUCUAUGUGGACAGCAUACGGGUCGCUAUUCGAGGCAGGCCAACUUACUAAAGGUGCGACCCUCCUCGUACACGGAGCGACGAGCAGCGUGGGUGUGUGGGCCAUUCUUCUGGCCAAAGAUCGAGGAUGCACCGUCAUUGCUACAACCCGCAAGCAGGAGAAGGCUGAAAAGCUCAGGUCGGUCGGAGCCGACCACGUCCUUCUGGAACACGAGCUCAACGAGCAAUUGAAGAAGCUGGCCCCGAAAGGCGUGGAUUGCUUGCUAGAGUUGGUGGGACCUGACACCAUCCAAUCUUUGGCCCUGCCAAAUCUCGCGAAACACGGAUCUGUCGUGGUGACUGGUGUCUUGACCAAGCAAUGGGCCAUGAAAGAGUUCACACCUGCUCUGAUCCCACCUACCAGGAAGAUGACUUUUUAUAGCUUGGAACCUGGACAGGAAGAAGCCGAGGGCGUAGAGAAGGUUGUGGGAGAAAUUGUUAAGAAGGUAGAAUCUGGAACGUUCAAACCAGAGAUGUUCCUCGACAAGACGUUCCCUCUGGAAAAUGUUGGAGAAGCACAUCAAUACAUGGAGGACAACAAGGCAAUUGGAAAGGUAGUUGUGACCAUUCCUUGAGCACAAAUAGACUAGGCCUGUCAGACAAAACGUAAAAUAUUCUAUACAAGAAUAGCUUCAGUUGCUUGUAGACAUUGAGACAAAGAGCUGAACAUGAAAC